AAUCGAGCAAUGAUUAUAAAACAUGUAAGUGUAGUACACAAUAGUUCAGUUGUUGUCUAGUUGUACCGGAGUGUGGUGUGUACUGUGCAUAACAUUCAUAAAAAAACGAAAAAAUGAAGCCAUCACGAUUUUGCAGUUUACAAGUCGGAUCUGUAGGUGUCCUAGCCCUAUUUCUAUACCUGAUUGAUUAUUCUAUAGCUUCCUUAGACGGCUACAUACCAGGCGAAGACUAUCCAGCAUUCGAGGAGGUGCCUAAUGGCCUGGCUUUCACCUGCGAUGACAAGAUACCUGGAUAUUAUGCUGACCCGGAGACACAGUGCCAAGUAUGGCAUUGGUGCGUACCAACGAUCGGUGGUAACAUACAAUACUCGUUCCUGUGUAACGCUGGCACUGUGUUCAACCAGAGGACGAGGGUCUGCGAUUGGUUCUUUAAUGUGGAUUGUCCCAGCGCGCCAGCUUUCUAUGGAAUUAACGAGGACCUGUACAAAGACGAGGCUGGAAACUUGAUCGCUGGCAAAAAGUAGUAUUAGUUUAUAAUGUUUAGUAUUAUGUUAAGUUUCAUAGUUACCACGAUUUGCUCAUCAAAGUUUUAAAAUAAAACGCCUGACACAAUUUAUUAGCAAUCACGCCGAUCGUAAUGAUUGAGUUUAUUUUCUGUCAGGCGCUUCAAAUUUAACAUAUUAACCCAAUUACACCAAUAUUCAUACAAUUAUUUAUAUAUCACCCAUAUAUUUACAUAAGUAUAUUAUUUACUAACAAUUUAUAUAUUUCAGGACAUAUAAAACUGACAAUACAUUCGACAAAAGACGACUAUUAGCACGGCUUAGGCAUAACGUUCAACAGAAUAACAUAUUGACAACGUGAAAAACAAGUGACGACUAAUUUAUUAACCUGAAUUUAUUGGUACAAUGAUAAUCUUAUUCUGGCAAAGUUAUUAUGGCGAGGGUCUAUUUCAACAAUCCUUUUCGACAAAUUGAAAUAAUUUGACAAAAUUAUUAGUGACAUAAUUUUUGGGUCAUAUAGUUGGCUCGCUAUAAUAGCUUUGUUGAAUUAUUAUUGCGCUCAUUUCUCAAUUAUCAAAGAAAGAUAAGACAGUUAAUCUUUCUUUCGGUUUAAAUAACAUGAGAAAGCAUUUUACUUUGAGUAGAUUUGAAUGUUUAUUAUAGAAAUAGAUCGAUAAUUGUAUAUUCUGUAAAUAACGAUUUUAACGAAUGUCUGUUUGUUUGUGUCAAAAACUACUGAACUGCUUGUUGUGAUGUUUUAAUAACACCAUGAAAAUCAUAGCUAAUCAAUCUCAAAACUUCUAUGUAACUCUUUUAAAUAAAACCAUAACACACAAGCUCUAGGCUAAGAUAUUGGUAUUCAAUAGGUUUACUAAUAUGACUAACACACUAAACUGUAAACUCUUAUCACAUACUAUCAUCAGAAAUUCAUUAAUAACACAAAAUAAAUUAAAUUUAUUGAUUUAAAAAAAAUGAAUACAAAUCUAAA